AGCCCAAAACCUCUUGGUCCACGAGACGUUUCCUUGCGGUGAGGAAAGCUAGAAGAUCGGAAUACCAGUACUAGUAGCCUCGCUUCAAGAGUUUUGCGUCCGGAAAUCAAGAAGUCCCCCCAACCGGAGGGUGCGGUUCUAGCCGGCGACGAUGGAUCGCGUCCAGCUUCUCCUUCUAGGGUUUCCCGUCUUCCUCUUCUGCUCCGAUCUCGUCAAUCUUUUCACCCCUCCUCCCCCGAAGCAGCACCACCACCACCACCACCCGCCGCCCCCCUCCAUCCACGAAACGACCGAUUUCUCCGCCACCCAGAGUAAUCAUGCCCGAGGAGUGUAUUACGGCUCCGUUGUGGAGUUGAAAUUCUGUGUCUCUUGCUCUUACAGGGGAAAUGCAAUGACAAUGAAGAAAAUGCUGGAAACUUCUUUUCCUGGGAUAGAAGUAAUUCUGUCAAAUUACCCCCCAGCCCUUCCAAAACGUCUGCUAAGCAAAGUGGUUCCUAUUGUUCAAGUAGGAGCUAUUGCAGCUGUAGUGGCGGGUGAUCAGAUUUUUCCUAGGCUAGGAAUAACACCACCUCCAUGGUACUUCAACUUGCGUGCCAAUAGGUUUGGAGCUAUUGCCACAACUUGGCUUCUAGGCAAUUUUGCACAGUCUACGCUGCAGAGUACUGGUGCAUUUGAAGUAUUCUGCAAUGGUGACUUGGUUUUUUCAAAACUGCAGGAGCACAGGUUCCCUGGUGAACUCGAGUUGAAAGAUUUGAUUGCCAACAGGUUGCCUAAUUCUGCACUUGGGAAGAACCUUGGAAGUGUUUGGUCCUAGCGGACUGCAGAUUCACUUCACGAAAGUUAAACACCACCUGAUCAGUCCACUGAUGUAUGACAUUUAUCAGGAAAGGGAUAGAGUUAGACAACUUCUACCUCUCCAAAAUUUAGUUCUUCUGUCCUCAUACUGUGUCCUUGCGCUCUGUAUCUGUUGGUUCUCUGAAUGAUUUGAGUUUUUAAGGAGCUUUUUAUAUAUAUAAAAAAAAUGAAUCUCUCAAUCAUUGAAUAAUCUACUGGCAAAAUUCCAAGAA